AUGCUGACGAAAAUUGCUGUAGUGUCUCCGUUGAGGCACCUUCUCCGAGAGUUCCCCGCCAACAUAAAGUUUUGCUUCGCCUAUGGGUCGGGUGUGUUCAAACAGACCGACAACAGCAACAGCGAGAAUAUGCUGGAUCUCAUAUUCGUUGUGCGUGACGCUAGCAAGUGGCACGCUGAGAACCUGCAGAAAAAUCCCAGGCAUUACGCCCAACCGAUGAGAUUCCUCGGUGAGAAAGCGAUUACUAAGAUGCAAGAAAAAUCGGGUGCUGGCAUAUAUUACAACACUCUGAUCAGAACCAAUCAGGGACAGCUCAUUAAGUACGGAGUGAUCUCUGAGGUCUUGCUGGUGGAGGAUCUUCUGGACUGGAACCACUUGUACCUGUCGGGUCGACUGCACAAGCCCGUGAAGGUGCUGGUGGAACCCGACGAGAGUUCCCAAUUGCGCACUGCUCUGGUGCAGAAUCUGCACUCGGCCGUGCACGCUGCCCUGUUGUUGCUGCCUGAGCACUUUACAGAGAUCGACUUCUUCCGGAAGAUCACCGGGCUGUCCUACCACGGUGACUUCCGCAUGAUCUUCGGCGAGAACAAGGACAAGAUCAACAACAUUGUGCUGCCGCAGCUGCAGCACUUCAAGCAGCUGUACGAGCCGGUGCUGAGGCACUUUGACAACUACGUAGACAUACCGAAAUUGGACAAUAUGGCGGUCACGUGUCGCCAGGACACCAGCCCGGUGACAAAGGUCCACCACCUGAACCACUUGCCGCGCAUGCCGCAAGUCAGACUGAUCAAGGCAUGGUCUUAUGGUCCGAGGUUGCGGGACACGGAGGAUUGCCUGCGGGCUAUCGCGCACGACCCGGAAUGCUGCGACAUAUUGGAGCAGUGCCUGAAAGAUAUCGUCUGGCGGUCGAGUGUGACGCAGAGUCUCAAGGGAAUCGUGACGGCGGGCCUCACGAAAUCCGUUAAGUACAGCGGCGCCAAGAUAGUUAAGAUGUUACGAUCGAACGUGUCCGACCAGUGCACCCUGCCUAGUCAACGACGGAACUCGAGUCAAAUCGAUAACAUCGUCGAGGCGGUCGUGAAGAAGACCGAGACGAAAGGGGCCGAAAAGCGCGUCGAGUAG